AUGAAGGCUCAAGAUCCAAACUCUCCAAGCUUUUUUCCAAAAUCCUUCAAUCUCCAACGCCACCACCACUAUCUCCUCUCACAUAUCCUGCUCUUCGUUUUCGGAUUAACCCUCGGAGUUGUACAUAGCAAUCUCAAGGACUUUUCAUUUGGCAGUCUACAAUUCGCACAGUUCCCCUUCUCACCCAUGUCACCUCCUCCUCCAUCCAAUAUUUCAAAAACCCUAAUGCCACAUGCAACUUCCCCAACAAUAUCCAUUGUUGCGACCAACGCAUCCGCUUCGUCAAGUCCUCCCCGCACAGGGUUGAAGGACUAUCUGAAGCCGCCGAAGGCGUUUCACGACAUGAACAAUUCGGAACUGCUGUGGAGAGCUUCCAUGACUCCGCGGAUUCCAGAAUAUCCAUUCCAUCUAGUUCCAAAAGUUGCUUUCAUGUUCUUGACAAGGGGGCCUGUUGUUUUGGCACCAUUCUGGGAGAAGUUCUUUGCAGGGCAUCAAGGUUUGUACUCAAUUUAUGUGCACUCAAGUCCGUCCUACAAUCACUCAUCGUACACCGAAACUCCAGUUUUUCGUGGCCGGAGAAUUCCGAGUCAGGAAGUAGAAUGGGGGAAGGUGAGCUUGAUCGAGGCAGAGCGCCGCCUCCUGGCGAAUGCUCUUCUCGACAUCUCAAACCAGCGUUUUGUUCUGCUCUCAGAAGCAUGCAUUCCCCUCUACAACUUCUCCACUGUCUACUCCUACCUCAUGAACUCCACCCAAACUUUCGUCGAGGUCUAUGACGAUCCCAGUGGAGUGGGACGCGGCCGGUAUGAACUCAGUGACUACCCGGGAAUCACAAUCGAUCAAUGGCGAAAAGGGUCGCAGUGGUUCCAAGCUGAUCGAGACCUCGCCCUUGAAUUCGUAUCAGACCGAAAAUACUUCCCAGUGUUCAUGAAAUGCAAAGACUACUGUUUUGCAGAUGAACAUUAUUUGCCAACGUUUGUACACAUGAAAUUUGGAGCAAAGAACGCAAAUAGGACGUUGACCUGGGUUGACUGGGAAAGGGGUGGCCCACACCCGACGGAGUACAAGAGCGAAAAUGUGACGGCGGAGCUUUUGAGUGACCUGAGGAAUGGUUUUGGUCGGAAAUGCGAAUACAAUGGGAGGAGUACGGAUGUUUGUUUCUUAUUCGCCAGGAAAUUCCCGCCAACUGCUUUGGAUAACCUUCUCAAGUUUGCAGGGGAGAUCAUACACUUCAACACAUAGAUAUUCAUGGCUAUUGUACUCUUACUGCUUCAGAGAAAAAGAAAAGUAAAGAACAAACUUCAAAUUAGCAAAUUACAACAUAUAGGACCACAAUAUUAUUUCUUUUUUGUUUGCAGUCUAGAAAUUAAAUCGUUACUUUCAUGGUACAAGAUCAAUUAGCAAAUUACAACAUAAGCCACCACGCGAUGGUCUGGUUUGACUAUCACCAAGUAGGCCGAGCAUCUUCUUACGAAGUACUUUCUGACCGUUUAAGACAAGUUGGCAAAACUGGCAACUUUAUAGCAUGAAGUCUCAGGGGCAAGCCUUGUCAAAUAUCAGCCCUAAGCCACGUGUUGGUCAUCAGCAAGAGCAUAAGUCUACGAAGGGACAUAAAAGUUAUCAGACCGAGCGCUUGGGCGUUGGUUUCCUCAUACCCCAGGCCCGAGCAAGAUGCUCGGUACGUGUUGACCUAAACGAAUGUCACUUUGGUACCAUGUGCCGACUAAAGAACGGAGAAGUAACUAGCUAGUCAUGCCUAUGUACUUGGUUUAUUAAAUGCAAGAGCGGCCCACAUCCGAUGGAGUACAAGAGCCCAAAUGUGAUGGCGGCUCUUAUGAGUGGCCCGAGGAGUGGUUAUGGCCGGAAAUGUGAAUACAACGGGAGGAGCACGGAUGUUUGUCUUGUUC